AUGCUUGCUCACUUGCUCUUUCUCUCUUUCGCUAAUAAAAAGAAAAGUGGAUACAAGGUCGAAACAAGUCAAAGGACAAGACAAGAUAAGUGGAGAAAACCCAAAGUUAAGAUUAAAGAAGUACGAGUAGGGUAUAAAAAGAGUCGAAAGGAAAAGGUGAAAAGUAAGAGCUGGGCUGAAACUUGGCUAGAUCGGGCUGAACCAUACUGGACUAAACCAUACUGGACUGGACUGGGCUUAUCUGUAACAAAAUCCCAGCCUUUCCUUUGUCGUGCAAUACUAAGUGAUAUUGUUAUCAUUCUUAUUACUAUUAGUGUUAGUAUUAGUGUUGGUGGCAACACAGAAAUAAGAGGCGGAGUCUUUUAG